UUUUGUCUAAUGACCCGGUGUGGCUGGACGCUGGCGGUCGACUAGACACGAAGAUUUGACAUAUUAAACGCCGUCAAAAUCGUAAGACUACUUGUAGUUUCUAGAUCACGUCUGUGUUGAGACCCUGCAUCCAAAAUGGACUCUACCCCAGCUCAUCCUCAAGACGGGUGUGGUCUACUCAUCCCAGACAACCCCACCCCAAAACCGAUGAAGGACCGCACCCUUCAGACACUUCCAGGCGGUCUGAGGUUCUCGGUGUGGAUGGAGAGUGAGGCGGGGCAGCCAAAGGCUGCAAUGAAGAAAGGCGUCUUUGCUACCAAGAGGUUCCAGUCGGGGGUGUGGUUUGGUCCCUACGAGGGGACUGUUGUUCUCCCGUCUGAGGGCGGAGUUAAGAGUAGCGAGAUGUGGGAGAUCCACUGUUAUGGUAAACCUUGCCAUUACAUUGACGGUAGCGACAGCGACGUCUCAAACUGGAUGACUCACGUCAAGACCUCUCAGGACCCUGGACCCGGCGUGAAUCUUCUGGCCUAUGAACGUCACGGCUGUAUCUUUUACCAGAGCUUCCUUCCGAUCGAUCCUGGCCAACAGCUCACAGUCUGCCUGAAACAUGUCAAGCUCGAGCACAGCCUGGACGUGGACGGACUACAGAGUCAACCCAGUAGCUGCGGUGUUUGCGGACUCCAACAGCUCAGCCACACCCUUCCAGCUGUGAGCCACAUCCACAAACCAACAACUCUACAGAAACCAGCUCCUCGCCAGAAGACAGCCAUCUCUCCCAACACUGCCGCCACAAAGCGACAGGCCCUCAACAGCAAGAUCGAACUGCUGAGGAAGAGGGUUAAAGGAGAGUCCAGCCAGAUCUCCAACAUUGCCAACAUGUUGAAUUUUGGUGCGACACAAGACCAAACAUCAUCCAGUGAUUCCAGAAAGGACAAUAACCAGUCCAAACGAAGGAAAAGUGGAAAAGUCCAGCAGCAUAAGGAUGAUUUCUACACAGACCUUCAAACUCAGUCCGACAGUGACCCAAACUUUUCUGGACACAGCUCCGGACAUUUACAGAUGUUCCCACGGAAGCCCGACGACACUGCCAUGACUGCAGUCAGCAACUUUAAUCUGCACUCAGGCAUAGCGCGCGGGUUGUUGAUGGCAGCUCGUAAUACAAUUGAGUCAGCUCAAACUUCUGGAAGAGGUCAAAGUUUUUACCAGCCAGGUAAUCAUUACGACAAACAGCCAUCCUCGCUUUCAGAUGCCUCGUCAAGUCUUUAUUUUACUUCUUUGAAGACAGAAACUAGUGAAGGCUCAGAGCUAAAUAGACAUCAAGCUGCCUUUACCUCAGACGUGUCUGACAUUUCCGGCGUUCAAGAUCUAAAUGGAAAACCUUCACGCGGUAGGAAAUUCCUAGAAUCAACUGCCAAGAAGAAGAAGUGUAAAGUGUUAAAACGGAGGCUGCAGAAGCGCUUUCCGCACCGGCGGUUUUUCUGCAUUUAUUGUGGAUGGAGACUGAAGGAGCUACAUCACUUCAUCAGACAUAAGAGAGUUCACGCUAAGCGAUAUCAUCAGCCAAAGAGGAACACUGCGGUGAUUAAAGUCGAAGAUUACAAAGAGGGCGGCUUCCCAGCAGACCAGAGGUCGACCAAAGGGCACGCCUGCUCCGUAUGCAGCAGGACCUUCAAGGAAAUCCACACGAUGAGAACGCACGAACGAUCUCAUUUAAAUCAUACUUGCCACUACUGCGGUAAGGUAUUAGGCUCCAGCUCUGCACGUGUCGUCCACGAGCGUGGCCACACCGGUGAGCGUCCCUUCCAGUGCGACGUGUGCUCCAAAGGCUUCACGACGAGCUACAUGCGAACCCGGCAUAAGCAGCAGUGUCAUAACACGGAGCGCCCGUUCAAAUGUGAGCACUGUAACAAGAGGUUCAAAGUUCGCAAUGCUAUGACCACCCACAUGAAGAAACAUACCACCGAAAAGAAUCUUCCCUGUCCAGGUUGCGACAAAAUGUAUUCUCUGCGUCGCGAUUUACUCAGACAUAUGAAGACCCAUACAGACGAGCGACCCUUCCAGUGUCAAUACUGCAAGAAGAGCUACAAACAGAAGUCCACUCUGACGACCCACGUUCAGAAGCAUUUUGUCGGUAACUUCGGCUGCCAGUAUUGCCCUCUGAAAUUCAGGACAACGCAGGCACUCGGGAGACACGAAACUGAACACACGGGGAUCAAACCUGUCUUCAAGAGGGUUGAGAAGCCAUUUCCUUGCCGAUAUUGUGACAGGGUGUUCCCGCGGAAUGUCAAGCGGAAAAUUCACGAGCGGGUGCAUACUGGAGAGCUUCCCUUCAAAUGUGACGAGUGCGACAAGGCGUACUCCAGCAAGAAAGGAUUAGAAAGUCAUAUGAGAACACACUCUGACGAGCGACCUUACCCUUGUACGGUGUGCGGGAAGAGCUUUAAGGAAAGGAACACACUGAAGUGUCACAUGCGAAUCCAUACAGGAGUGCGACCUUUCAAAUGUGAGCAGUGUGACAAAACUUUCAGGGUGAGCGACGCCCUGAAAAAGCACCGCCGCUCACACAGUGACGAACGCGCAUACAAAUGUCUGCAGUGUGAGAAAGCCUUCAAGCAAUUGUCGGCACUGCGGAAACACGAGCGCUGGCAUUUGGGACUACGACCUCACAUCUGCGAUAUCUGCGGUCGGGAUUUCGUCGAUCGCUACCGCUUGAGGAUCCAUCAAAGUAUUCAUCUGGCAGAGCGCCCUCACAAAUGCAACCAGUGCGAUAAGAGUUACACUGAAGCGUGCCGGUUGAAGCGCCACAUGAAGGACCAUGAGAACCUGAGGGAUUUUGAGUGCGAAGUCUGCAGCAAGAAGUUUAACUUCAAAGAUCAGCUGGAGACUCAUAUGAAAACACACAGCCAGGAGAGGCCGUUUGCAUGCCCGCGCUGCCAGAAGUGUUUCAAGAAUCGAAGCGCCCUCCGCAGACAUCAACGCGUCCAUUCUGAUGACCCCGCCUACCCGUGUCCUGCCUGCGGUAAGACCUUCAAGUUUCUACGCUCCUUGAAGAAACAUGUGAUGGUUCAUUUGGAGAAAGACGUGCUUCCACUGGAAGUGUCUUCAACCAUCGCUGACAUCUGCGGCGCAUUACCCUCCGAAACGGAAUCAAGUACAGGUUUCGAGAACCCACUCGCUACAUCUCAGGCUCUCCUUGGCGGUGUCGGAGGAGAGAACCCGAUUAUGUACGGCAACCAUUUCACCCACCAGCCAAUGGACUUUUCAAAUUCGGGUAUGAAGAUGUACCCAACAAGUCUUGGGAUGUACCCCGACGAGCCAAAUAUAACUGAGUCGGAUCAGAGCACGAUAGUUGAUGAGAACGAAGACAAAGACGCAGAUGUGGAUACUGCCCAAAGUAGUCAAGAUGAUGUCUCGUUUGAUCCCCUAAAAAAAAUCAAAAUAGAAAUCUGCACAGAGGAUGAAUAGAUCAUCUGUUGGUGGACAGUAAUACAUUUCCAGACCUACAUAAUUAUCAUUGAAAUGUCAUCCUCUGUUUGGAAUGGUAGACAAACUAUAAUGCCAGUUUGCAAUCGUAUGGUGAAUGCAUGUACAGUACAUUGUAGCAAACAGUCGACCCUCCUACUGUCUGACCAUUCAAUAUCAUUCGCUGCAGUCUUAAAUGAUAGAAACACUAUACAUGUUCAUGUACCUACCGGUUAUAUGAAAUGGUACACAUUUAACCCUCCUACUGGCUGACCAUUCAUUGGUACCUACUUGUAAUUUUGAAUGAUAAAGUAUAAUCAUAUGUUUGGCUACGCUUCUGGCUUAUGCGCAGUCUUUAUAGCUGAAAGGUAUUAACAUUGGAGGCAGCAAAACAUAGAAACUUAAAGUAAAAAAUGAGAUUCAGAGUUUCACUUGGUUUUCUUCACUCGGAAAUGAGUGGAUCACGUUUAUAACUCAAGAUUGCCAUUUUUUUUGUUUAUUUAUUAAAAAUUUUUCAAGUUGAAUAAUGUAAAAUAGUAGAUUAACAGUAAAUUAAUAUACGUAUACAUGUACAAAGGGAGGUUAUACUUUUGGUAAUUACUUAUAACAACUAUUAUCCAUCAAAACUUACUUGAUAUAAGAAGCAUUGUAGCUGUUGAUAAGGUAUAACAUGCUGAGAAAUUAUUCCAUUUUAAAGGGAAGGUAUACGUUUGGUAAUUACUCAAAACAAAUAUUAACUUAAAAACUGACUUGGUAACAAGCA